AGUGCGUUUUGAACAAUUUACGGCAGUGGGUAGACGAAAAUUUCAAAGAAACCAGGACACCCACUGUGAGGAUAAAGAGUUGUAUUGUCGUGCAUAACGUUAUCAUAUAUGUAAAUAUAAAACGACUUCAAGUUAAACGAAACACUGACGAUGAGUUUUUGAUCAUUGUCGUGGAGGAACGUCUCUGGAUCAAACGUGAAACUGAAACAAACUGAAAAAGCAGCAACGCUACAAGGCUAAGCCAAAAAGCUAGCUAGCUAAUUGAGGGAGAAGCACUACUCUCAAUCGGGUUCAAGUGACCCUAGGCGCAAUGCUGUUGACCGUAUUUUGCGCACCGAGAGACAGCUCGGAAACGACAUUUGCCCUCGAGGUGUCCCCGGACCUUGAACUUAGGGACUUCAUGGCUCUUUGCGAAUUAGAAUCGGGAAUACCGGCCGGGGAGAUCCAGAUCUCUUAUGCAGAGCAACCCUUAAGAGACCCCACCCGCUCCUUGGGGACUUAUGGCCUGAAGGAUGGAGAUGUGCUGGUGCUCAGACAGGCAGAGAGACGGCCUCCAGCUCAGCCUUCCUUCCCAGGUCUUCCUCGUAUCGACUUCAGCAGCAUUGCAGUCCCAGGCACCUCCAGAGGCCAAUCAGCACGGAAGCCUCCACAGUCAGCACAGCCGCGCACAAACACACCCCAGCAACGCCCUGGCCCUGCUGCUGCUCCUGCUGCUGCUGCUGCUGCUGCUGCCCCUGCCGCCACGGGUGGUGCCUCCCCCGCCUCUCCUCAGGGAUUGGACGACCCCUCGCUGCUCAGAGAAAUGCUGCUGGCUAACCCCCACGAGCUGUCCCUGCUGAAGGAGAGGAACCCUCCGCUGGCUGAGGCUCUACUCAGUGGAGACCUGGAGCGUUUUACCAAGGUGCUACAGGAGCAACAACAGGACCGUGCACGCAGGGAGCAGGAAAGGAUCCGACUGCUCACAGCCGACCCCUUUGACUUGGAGGCCCAGGCCAAAAUAGAGGAGGAUAUCAGACAGCACAACAUUGAGGAAAACAUGACUAUUGCUAUGGAGGAGGCACCUGAGAGCUUUGGUCAGGUGGUCAUGCUGUACAUCAACUGCAAAGUAAACGGACAUCCUGUCAAGGCCUUUGUGGAUUCAGGUGCUCAGAUGACCAUUAUGAGCCAGGCAUGUGCAGAGCGCUGCAAUAUCAUGCGGCUGGUGGACCGACGCUGGGCUGGCAUUGCCAAGGGUGUGGGCACGCAGAAGAUCAUUGGCAGAGUGCACUUAGCUCAGGUGCAGAUAGAAGGGGAUUUCCUGCCCUGCUCCUUCUCCAUUCUUGAGGAUCAACCCAUGGAUAUGUUACUGGGACUGGACAUGCUGAAGAGACACCAGUGCUCCAUUGACCUGAAGAAGAGUGUCCUUCUGAUCGGCACCACGGGCUCAGAGACACGCUUCUUGCCCGAAGGAGAGCUGCCGGAGUGCGCUAAGUUGGCCUACGGUCCGGAGGGCCGUGAGGAGCCCAGAGCUGAAGAGAUAGCUGACCGCGAGCUGGCCGAGGCCAUCGAGAGAUCCGUGCAGGAGAGCGUAGACACUGAAGAUGGACAAACUACCUCAUCUCGAUCAGCGCCAAAACACUUUUACAAACCAUUCAGCAAAGCCCCUAGUCCCUCUCCCUCCACCUCAGGAGCCCAGGGUCGGAUCUUGGACCGCUCCCAGUCCGCACCGACCCCCCUGCCCCCCAUCCAUGUCCCUGAGCCAAACUCUCCCAAUCUGGACUCUCCUCUCCUCCCGUCUAGCGCGCCGCGGUCUGUUCCCCUUCCACUAGCCCAGGAGAAGCCGCCUCCUGCCCCAUCCUCUCUUCAGGAAAGUCAGCAUAAUGUCCCAUCCUGUUCCCGGCCCGUUCAGCCACCUGUCCCAUCCCAACCCCCAGAGAUGCAAGAUCCAGUGCCAUCUGUCCAUCAGGAUACACAAUCUUCUGUUCCAUCUAGUCUACAAGACCCACUCCCUCCCCAUGAACCUUGUCUUAAGACAACUGACACUCCUUCCCCAAGCAGUGCCCCACCUCAGGGCCCUGGGUUGAGCUGUCAGGAGCCUGCCUCUGCCACAGUGGAGGAUAUGGACAGUCACACGGAAAUGGACAAACUCGAGCUCGGCUCUUUGGAGACACCGGAGCACAGGGAGAGCUCUGGGUCUGGGGAGGCUUGUCCCCUACCUCCUAAGGAGCUUGUUCACCCGGAGAUGGGCCUGUGCAAGACCAGUGCUGCCAAACGGACGUGCUCACCGCCCCCAGAGAACGGACAUGACGCGGGGGGCAAGCGCUCACCACUUCUUGUCACUUCAGACGCCAAAAAGACCUUUGACCCGCCAAGCCUUGUCGCGCCACCCUGCAUGCCCUCAGAACAGUCCACCUCAGAAGAGAGCAUGGAGGAGCCAGAACGGGAGGAUGACUUGGAGCGGGACCAGCCUGAGGGAGGCAGCUCUAGCAGCAGCAGCAGCAGCAGCAGCAGCAGCAACAACGGCAAUGGCAGCAGCAGCAAUGGCAGCAAUAACAUCCCCUCUCUGGCACAGGCCUUGAAGGAGCUCCAUCAGCUGCUGGUGUCCAACCGCGCUCUCUCUCCCCCUACUGGCAGACUGGAUGCUGAUGGCUUGGAUCAGCAAACGCCCUCUACUGCUAAUUCACCUGCUCCGGUUCAGGAUGCGCCGGACACCGACGAAACACUGCCCCCAUGCCCAUCUGAAACUGAGCCAGGGCACAGCGCGGACAUCCCGGCACCCGCUGGUGACUUGGCUGAGGCUCCAGAAAGAGAAGAAGCAGUGGGCUGCCGGCCAGACACACACCCCCUGGUGGACAUGGGGGACUGCGAUGAGAGAGAUGGCCGGUCGGAGGCGCAAGAGGCCCUCCCACCUGAGGAGGACAUGACCGAACGUGAGCCCCCCGAGGGUCAGCAGGGGAGGGGGGAGGCGGACGGCCGGGACUCCGGCGCCGACGCCCCUGACUUGCCCUCCGGCCAAUCCGACCAGCAGAGACCCCUCUCUCUGGCCGUGGGCUCCUCCAUCGAAGAGCCUGUGGGCGGCUGCUCAGCCUCUCCUGCCCCCUCCACUCCCAGCCCUCUCGCUGCUCCUGCUGCUCCCGCCGCCCCCACCACCCCGGCGGCCGAGCGCUUCCCUGCAGAGGACAUCCAGAGAGUCCAGGCGGCUGGCUUCUCGGCGCAGGAGGCGGUCCAGGCGCUGGAGCAGGCCCAGGGCUGUGUGGAGCUGGCGCUGCUGCUGCUGCUGGCACGCAAGAUCAGUGUGCCCACAUAGACUAGAGCCACCCACUGACAGACCUUAGUCUGUCUGAUAUGCGUAGCACGACCUCUCCUACCACUCACGACACCCUGUGGGCCUGGUCUCUUCUCUAGUCCACUGGUGUUCAGUCAGUCUUGCUCUCUCUCUCUCUGUGUUAAUGCAGAAUUUAUGUGCACGUGUGGUGGGUCCAUAGACAUGUUUGAGUAGGUGAUUCCAUCAGCUUUGAUGUCAGAGGGUGUGCACUUUUUGGCAAAUGUUUGCAUGUAGCCUCUGCAGGUUCCCAGCAGUCAGUCAACAGCCAACACUGUCAAUGUUGGGAUUUGAGUGGUGAUUUAAGUUGCAGGCUUUCAGUAUGUUUGUGAAGACAUUGCCUUGUCUAUCAACGGAAAGGGUCUCUUGAUGAUGGAUCAUAAUAAUUAAGAGUGUAUAUGAAUGCUCUUUAUAAUCAUGAGCAUCAUCUGGCAAAAACAAAUCUAGAGGGAAUUUUGGAAGGACAGAGGCUUUUCCCUCUAUAAAGAGCAAAAAGCCCCUUGGAAACUUUAUCUCCUGAAAUAGAACAAAUGUUCCGAGAUACUGAGGUUGAGGAUGUGGGAGAAUUCAUUUUCAUGUGCUGUGUAGGCAGUAUAGAAUGCAGCCAAGACUGCCAUACCCAUGCACAGGCUGGAGAAUCUCAUGACUGGAGAAUCUCACAAAGCAUAUUUGCUCUGUCCAUAAAUUUGCUAAUGCCACUGUUUUUGUACAACUUUGACUGUCAUCAGAUUACAAUGGGUCUUUUUCUUUCCAGAUACAGAAUAUAAAUAUACAACUUGCAUUAUCCAAACUAUUUUUCAAACUGUGGUGAUUACACACUGUGGAAAUUUGGGGACAGACUAUAGAGGUGCUUUUGUGUCUUAUUUUCAUCUUCAUUUCAGGCAAUAAUCUUUUUUUUCUCUUUGUUGCCAAUCCUGGAUAACUUGAUGUGUGUAUCUUGUGUACACCCACAGGAAAAAAAAUGCUUUCCAUCAUCAUAUUUUGUCUUUGACGUUAAGUGAUAAAGGGUUGGGUUUUUUUCUUGGUUAUUAUUAAAAAAAUAAAAAACAUUGUUAUGAAAGGGUGAGUGUGGUGAGUAGAAGUUUUUUUUUUUUUUAUGUGAAAUUGUGAUAGAACAUCAGUUCUGUGGAGUACACACAGCGAUCUCUCCAGGAAUGUCAUGGCAGUCUCCAUUAUAUCCCGAUGAUUUACCCUAAUAUGUGUAUUGUUUUUAAUUGGCCGAAUAUCGUAAGUAAUGUCAUAGUCCUGGCGAAUCCUUUCCAGCUGUCACGUCCUUCAGACAUGUGUCUUGUCAUAUCUGUGCAUUUUCAAUGUAGUCUCGGGCCAGGUAGCAACAACAUUCAGAAUAUUUCAGUUACUCUGUUUGAUCUUGUAUACGAUUUGAAAAAAUAAAUAAAAACUGGUUCUUUAUAUUUUA